AUGGAUGCAGGUACCUGGGGAAACUAUACCCCGCGUUAUCAACAGGCCGCACUGAUCAACCCGCGGACAUCGGCCCUCGGCAAUUUGGCUGACGUCGUCCCCACCCAGAUGAUCAUUCUCCCCAUCCAGGAAGCAGCUCAGAUCGAUGACCUCUCCACAAGGGAAGGCCAGGUAUGGUCUCAGAUCCUAGAUGUCCUGGAGAGCUGGGCUGGGUUUCGCCGUCUUUAUUGGGGACGCCAUGUUGAGGAAGGACUUGUGCACCUCCACAUUGCUCGAGAUAGUCUACACCAACACUACGCUCUCCUCGCCUCACUUGAUUGGCAGCACAUUAUCAAAAACCUGGUUUCUCUCGGUGUUUGCAGCGCCACAGAAUUGACCGUGCGUCAUGCCAUGUUCUCGGAAUUCACGACAGACCCCAAGAGCUUGGGGCACGGGGCUCCGGUGAGCGGGACCGCUGUCUAUCUAACCCCUGACCCCGCCGGAUGGGACAAAACGUGGGCGCUAUGGACGAGUAUUGUCUCCACGGUGCCUGGAUGCUUAGGGGUAACAGGUGGGUGGAUGGUGGAGCCCGUCGAGGGGAACCUUUCCUAUAUUGUCUACGUGGGAUGGGAGAGCAUCGACGUCCACGACUCGUACCACCGUACCAAACACUUCCGACAGCGAGCGCCUAUCCUUCGUGAGCACAACGUGGGAUUUCGUGAGUAUGGGCAUGUCGCAUUUACUCAUUCACGGCCUUGUCGUCAAGCAAAUCUGUAA